AGGCGUGCGGGCGCGCGUGAGGGCCGCGAGGCCGGGGCCGCGGCGCCGCCGGGGACGGUCGGCAGGGGGAGGCGCGCGCCAGGCUGCUCUAGCCUUCCUUCCUGCUUCCCUUCCUUCGCUCACUCGCUCGUUCUGGCGGUCGGUUGGUCAGUCAGUCAGUCAGGCGGGCAGCCCGCGAGGCGGCGGCGCCUCCUGCCAUUGUUCCUUGGGCAGCUGCGGCGGGAGCGAGAGCGGGAGAGGCGCGAGCAUCCCGAGCCACGCUACAUCAUGACAACAGAGAAGGGCUUAGUGGCUGAGGCUGAGAAUCCGCAACAUCAACAGCAGAAGGAAGAAGGUGAAGGAGCCACCAACACGGGAACACAAGAGGCUCAGCUGGAGGAGUCAUCACAGAAGGCAGCUGAGGGGAUUAAUCAAUCUGAACAGAAGCAGAAGGCUUCCAAUGGUGACACCCCCCCACAUGAGGACUUAAGUAAGAACAAAGAGCGGACGUCAGAAAGCCGAGGCCUGUCCCGGCUUUUCUCUUCUUUUCUCAAGAGGCCUAAGUCUCAAGUCUCUGAGGAUGAAGGCAAAGAAAUAGAAUUAGCUAAGGAUAAAAGAGAGGGAGGCCAGAGAGAAACGGAGUUUGGAGCUGGUCUUGAUGAAGAGAUCCUUUUAAAAGCUCCUAUUGCUGCUCCUGAACCUGAACUUAAAACAGACCCAUCUUUGGAUCUUCAUUCUUUAAGCAGUGCAGAAACACAGCCUGCCCAGGAAGAACACGGAGAAGAUCUAGAUUUUGAAACCAAGGAAGGAGAAGAACUUGAAGAGGGCUCCAAAGUAGAAGUGAAAAAAGAGAGCUUGGAACCAAAAACUGAUAAAGAGCUCAAGUCUUCCCAAAAAGCUGUCAGAAGACACAGAAAUAUGCACUGCAAGGUGUCCUUGCUGGAUGACACAGUUUAUGAGUGUGUUGUGGAGAAACAUGCUAAAGGACAAGAUCUAAUAAAGAGAGUAUGUGAACAUCUCAAUCUAUUGGAAGAAGACUACUUCGGUCUAGCCAUAUGGGAUAAUGUGACUUCCAAGACCUGGCUGGAUUCUGCCAAAGAAAUUAAAAAGCAGGUUCAUGGAGCCCCUUGGAAUUUUACAUUCAAUGUGAAGUUUUAUCCACCUGAUCCAGCACAAUUAUCAGAAGAUAUAACAAGGUAUUACUUAUGUCUUCAGCUUCGACAAGACAUUGUUACAGGACGACUGCCCUGCUCCUUUGCCACUUUAGCUCUGUUGAGUUCUUACACUGUUCAGUCUGAGUUGGGAGACUAUGACCCAGAACUUCAUGGUGCUGAUUAUGUUAGUGAGUUUAAACUGGCUCCAAAUCAGACCAAAGAGCUUGAGGAGAAGGUCAUGGAACUUCAUAAGUCAUAUAGGUCUAUGACUCCAGCCCAAGCUGACUUGGAAUUUCUUGAGAAUGCCAAAAAGCUCUCCAUGUAUGGGGUUGACCUUCAUAAAGCAAAGGACUUGGAGGGAGUAGACAUCAUACUGGGAGUAUGUUCCAGUGGCCUUCUUGUUUACAAAGACAAGCUGAGAAUUAACCGCUUUCCUUGGCCAAAAGUGCUGAAGAUUUCCUAUAAGCGUAGCAGUUUUUUUAUCAAGAUUCGACCUGGAGAGCAUGAGCAGUAUGAAAGUACCAUUGGAUUCAAACUUCCCAGUUAUCGAGCAGCUAAGAAACUGUGGAAAGUAUGUGUAGAGCAUCAUACGUUUUUCAGGCUAACAUCCACCGAAACCAUUCCCAAGAGCAGAUUCCUAGCCCUAGGAUCCAAAUUCCGUUAUAGUGGCCGGACCCAGGCCCAGACCAGACAAGCCAGCGCUCUCAUUGAUAGGCCUGCACCACACUUCGAACGCACAGCAAGCAAACGGGCCUCUCGGAGCCUUGAUGGAGCUGGAGCAGUAGAGACACCAGAUCGGAGCCCCCGGCCUACCUCAGCACCAGCCAUUGCUCAGAGCCAUGGUCCAGAAGUCAGCUUCCCUGGGACUUCUAAUGGCAAGAAACCUUCAGUCUCUAAAGUGCAGAAGGAAACUCUGAAGGUAGAGAUAAAGAAGGAAGAAGUGGAACCUGAACAAGUAGAACCAGAACCCACUGAAGAAUGGAAGGUGGAAAAAACCCACAUCGAGGUCACACCACCCACCAUAAAUGGUGACCAAAUCCAGCAACCUGCAGAAAAAACAGAAGAUCUGAUAAGAAUGAGGAAGAAAAAAACAAAGAGACUAGAUGGUGAAAACAUUUAUAUCAGACAUAGCAAUUUAAUGUUGGAGGAUUUAGACAAGACCCAGGAAGAGAUCAGGAAGCACCAUGCAAGCAUUAGUGAGCUCAAGAAGAGUUUCAUGGAGUCUGUCCCAGAGCCUCGGCCCAGCGAAUGGGACAAGCGCCUAUCAACUCACUCCCCCUUCCGGACGCUAAACCUCAAUGGGCAGAUCCCCUCUGGAGAAGGAACUAUGACUGACAUUCCCAAAGAGGAAGUGGAUGCAAUGACAGAGAGACCAAACCCUGACUCUGAAUGGGAGGGCCUUAAGCAUUCAGUGGUCCUUAGUGGGACCCAAAUGACAACUCAAUCGGAGUCUCCACAAAGCCAUGACUUUGGGCCUGUCUCCAUAAAUGGCAAGGAGGCAGAAGACAAGGCACGUGGGGCAGCUGGUCUCCUUGUUAACAAGGAGAUGCUAAGUUGGCCAAAUGGGGUAUGUACAGGUGUAGAAGAGCGAACCAGUGCCUUAAAGCACUUGGAGUGCAUGUUAUCUGAAACAUCUGCUUCCUGUCAGCUGUACACUGAUGGAAAAGAGGCAAAGGGUGGUGAAGACCAUGUUACACCAAAUGAGCUACUUGGGAAGCAGAAUGGACCAUAUCCUGACUUCCGUGUGGGUUCAGGGUUCCCCAUCCUCAUUCGAAGUUUCCAGCCUCCUCUCGUGAAGACUCAGACAGUCACCAUCUCGGAUGUUGCUAAUGCUGGGAAAAGUGAAAUCCCAACCAAAGAUGUCCCUAUUGUUCACACUGAGACUAAAACCAUCACUUAUGAGGCUGCCCAGACUGAUGAGGGCAAUGGUGACCUAGACCCUGGAGUCCUACUGACAGCUCAGACCAUCACAUCUGAGACCACAAGCAGUACUACCACAACUCAGAUUACCAAGACUGUAAAAGGUGGGAUCUCAGAAACCCGGAUUGAAAAAAGAAUUGUAAUCACAGGAGAUGCCGACAUUGAUCAUGAUCAGGUCCUCGUUCAGGCAAUCAAAGAAGCUAAGGAGCAGCACCCUGACAUGUCAGUGACCAAGGUCGUGGUCCAUCAGGAGACUGAGAUUGCCGAGGAGUAACUCAGGAAUCUCACCUCACUCCUUUUCUAGUCUUGGAGAAAACUACCCGAACAAAAAUGAAACUUCGUUCAACAUUCAGACUUUGGACUUUCGAGAUUUUUCCAAAAUCACUGAAAAUUCAUCUUCCUUUGCAUUUGGAACUCAUGAUGUGGGAUUCUUCUAGGUGCCACUGAGCCUUUGCCAUAGCUUUUUCUAGAUUGUGAUGCCAGAAACUGCCCAGCUUUUUACUCUAUGGACUGUUUUUUAGCUAAGCGGUGGUGAUUUUUUUCAGGGUGGCUUGCACUCCUCACUUUUUCAUACCAGUUUUUGACCCCAGGCACUGACCAUUCCAUGGGCUUUGCUGCCCAAAAGAACCUCAUCCAUUGUGCUGGAGGAGAAAGCCAGAUUAUUCAUCUCUGUACUUUAUCGCACCCUGUUGGUGACAGAUAGAGCUACAAAAACCAGCUCUUCCCCACCCCCCACCCCCACCCUACCCCCAGAGCCAGUGAGUUCAUUUCAUCUGCCUGAUUGAAGUCUGGGGUAGUAGAGGCAUUUCCCCAGUGCCUGAUUGGAAGGGUGUUCCUUUGAGAAUUAUGGGCAGAAAGCCAAACGCACACCAUAACGGGCAGAGACCUCGGCUGCGAAUGUAGUGUUUUUCUAACACUUUUUUUAAAAAGCUAUUUCAGUAGCUGUUUAGAGCAAAGAAACUGGAACUUACUUCAAACAUAUGAUACUGUGAAUUAUCAAGCACAUUCAUGGAACUGUCACCCACCUCCUUAACCUUUUAGCCCCUUCAGGAACAGCCUUUCUCCCCCAACACAACACAUCAAAUUUAUGGACAGGAAUAUUGAAACCACAGCUGCUGACCACUCAGGUGGACUGUGCAGUAUCUACCCAGCAAGGAUGAUCAGCAGAUACAUCAAAAAAAUGCUUGUCCUACCUAAUGGCUUCAGGAGGGACUAUGGGGAGGCUUAAUGAGGUGUGAGAGUAAGUCUCUGUUUCUGACCAUGUGCUGCUCUCCUAUAGGAGAGUGGUGGAAUUGGCCUUGAAAUGUCAGGUUCUGCCAAGAAGCAUUCCUGGGGAAGCUUCACUGAUCCAGAGGUAUCAGAGCAGCCAGACCUGGACCUUCUUUUCUUCCCCCUAGUGUCUACCAAGAGGUUUCUCCCUAAACCUAGGCCCUUGUGGGCCUGGGACCUUUGUCUCCUUUUCCAGGGUUGUAGCAUGACCUGGGAAUCAGAGCAUGUCUUUCUUCCAUAAGCUUGACUAUUUUCUACUUGAGUUUGAGGUUUUCUGGAUUUGAUUUUGAAGUGUUAGAACUAAUGUCCUCAGGAGUCAGGAUUGCAGUGUUUCCCAUGCCUCCCUGGGGGCACCUGCCUACCCUAGCUCAGGGCUAUGGCCCUGAGGGGUUCAGGAUUUUCUCUCUGGUCCUCUUAUUGGCCUGCUUUUGUAGUCCUGGACACAUUUUCCCAAACUGAAAGUCCUAAACUAGAGCAGGAAAGAAGUAAAGGCUUCCUAGGGUGAGGACAACGUAAGCUGCAAGAGGCAAGAAAGUAAGCAGUUUGUCCAAGCUACGUAGUACCAUCAAGCAACUGACUUAUGUCAGCCACCUCCUUCCCUCAGAUUGCCAUGCUGUGCCUGUCCCUGCCCUAGAGCCAGUAGACCAGGAGAUGCCACCCAAGGCCAUGAGCAUCCAGUUACUUUGGAACUGAUCUCAGUGGAAGAAAAAAAGAGUGGACUUCAGGGAGCUUGAGGUUAAUGUGUUCUUUGGAGAAGGUCAGCCCCCCACAUGGUGCUUAGUCACAAAGGCCACCCCAGAAAUGGAGCUGAUGAAGCCACAGCUACAGGUGGAGAAUGGGUUAUGAGCCAUGCUUUGUAAUAGCAAAUCCCAGAAUUGCUGGGGAGCAAACAUGUCCUUUGUCACAUAGGAAACUACUCUAAAGUGACUGAAUGAGGGGGCAGCUGGGUGGCUCAGUGGACUGAGAGCCAGGCCUAGAGAUGGGAGGUCCUAGGUUCAAAUUUGACCUUAGACACUUCCCAGCUGUGUGACCCUGGGCAAGUCACUUGACCCCCAUUGCCUAGCCCUUACCACUCUUCUGCCUUGGAGCCAAUACACAGUAUUGACUCCAAGAUGGAAGGUCAGGGUUUUAGAAAAAAUUAAAAAAAAAAUAAAGUGAUUGAAUGACUCCCUGUCAGCCCAACACCAUAAGGCAUCUCUCUACAGAGGGCAGCCAGUGCCCGCUAUCUUCACAUAGAAAGCAAGUCUUGAGAAUGUUAGUAAAUGUGCCAGUGAGGUUCAGAAAGCAAGAAUGAGAAGGACCACAGCUUCCUGAAAAGCUGGCCCAGAGCAGUGGUAAGAUCUGGCUUUUAGAGCACUAAUGUGGUAGGCCUGGGUCUUUAUCCCAGUGGUUCACCACUUGGCUCACAAGUGGCUUAUUUGCUGUGUGGCCUUCAUUCAGUGUUCCUCUCUUCUGUCCGCCUCAGUUUCCUCCAGACAUAAUGGUAUGUAGCAUUCCCUCUCCCAAAACCUCCUUCUUUCCUUCCUGCAACCUUAACCCCAAAUAGAUUUUUCUCUGCCUAUUGUAUUUCAAGUAAGAAAAGGACCAGAUGAAAAGAAGGCUUAGGCCCCACCCAGGGCUGAGAGGAGACAUUUAGAGCAGGAGGACCCCAAAUUCGGAUGUGUCCUCCAGAGGCUUAUCCAUACCCCCAGGUUUAGUGACUUGGCAGGAACUUUACCAAAGUGACUCAGACACAACACAGACAACUUUCUCUACAGUUUUAUUCUCUUCCACCCAAGGUGAGACUGCAGGGAUGGAUCUGCCGCCCCCCCCCCCCCAGCCCCCCAGCCACACGCCAGCAGGAGCAUCUGUUUACAGCAUCUUAGGCUGCUCAGCAUCCAGGGCAGUUGGGUGGGAGUGCAGGGCGGGAGAGGAGAGACUUGUCAAGCUCCCAGCACUGGCCGAUUUCCUCUCUCCAGACCCAAUUCCACCAACUUGAUCUAAUCUAGGUUUGGUUUCUACAAAUCAGUUUCAGGUGUAUUAUUUUAGUUGCAAAGAAAGAAAUGAAGGUUUGUAAAUUAAAAACAAAAACUCACAAUGAUGAAUUGUAUUGAAUAGCUGUUUACAUUUCUUGAUGAAGUAGGAGCUAUGGCAGCAGAAUCGAAAUGGGAAAAUCCUUAGAUUGAAUUAAGUGAUGAUUGGAUCUGCUAUUUGGGAUUUUAGUGAGAGGCAGGGUAGGUUGUGAUAGUGUUUAGACAUUCUGGGUCCGUCUUGCUGCUUGUAUUACUUUUUCAAUAAAUUUUCAAACAAAGA